AUGUUGAAUUCCAAGGGGUACACGAAAUCCAUCGAUGUAUGGUCGGUGGGGUGUAUACUUGCUGAAAUGUUAAGUAAUCGCCCGCUCUUCCCUGGUAAACACUACCUCGAUCAGUUGAACCUCAUACUCGCAGUCGUAGGAUCCCCAUCGCAGGAGGAUUUACAGUGCAUCAUUAAUGACAAGGCACGUUCCUACUUGAUUUCAUUGCCUCACAAGCCGAAGCAACCUUGGUCACGUCUCUAUCCAGGAGCAGAUCCACGUGCUUUGGAUCUCCUCGAGAAAAUGUUGACAUUCAACCCUCACAACAGGAUUAAUAUCGAGCAAGCCCUAGCUCAUCCCUAUCUGGAGCAGUAUUAUGAUCCAAAUGAUGAGCCGGUUUGCGAAGAGCCGUUCACCUACGAGAUGGAGCUUGACGAUCUGCCGAAGGAGAAACUGAAAGAGUUGAUUUGGCAAGAAGCCGAAUUGCAUCACAAGCGAAUGCAAGAAGAAGCCGCGAAGGCAGCUGUACAGUGA